AAAUUCUCCAUUGUAGUAAUUGUGGGUUUCAAUUCAAAUUCUUUGCCAUUUUCAGUAUGUUUUAUUUUUAUCUUCAUUGAAUGUAGUUUAGAAGGAGAACAUUUGAGUCCUUUGAUAUGUUUUGCUUAUAUAAUGUUUUUUUGUCUUGCAGUGACGUGUCUGAACUGUACCGAGGCAUCUGACACCUAUGAUCAGUUUAUGGACAUACAGCUGGAUAUUAGGAUGUCAAACAGCAUUAACCAAGCCCUGUGUCAAUAUGUACAGCCAGAGCAAUUAGGAGAAUGCAGCUACCGUUGCAGCAAGUGUCAUCAAAUGGUUACGGCAUUAAAAACAGUUACUGUUCACCAACCAUCCAAUGUGCUAACCCUGUGCCUAAACAGGUUCGACAUUUUCAGCAAUAGGAAGAUUAAAAAGAGUGUAGCGUAUCCGGAAUGUCUUGAUCUCCGGUGUUACACCUCAGAGCCAAAUGGAACACCAAUUCUUUACAAUUUGUAUGCCGUUCUUGUCCACGCUGGAACAACCUGCAAUAGUGGACAUUAUUUCUGCUAUGUGAAGGGCCCCAAUGGAAACUGGUACAAAAUGAACGACAAUUCUGUGACAUCUGUAGACAUCAAGAUAGUGUUGAAGCAGGAGGCCUACCUGCUGUUCUAUAUCAGGUAUGUGCUCUUUACCCUGAGUUUUCUCUAAAAAAGGCAACUGUUGUGUCAACCCUCAUCUUGGCAAGUUGUUUGUGUUUUCAAAGCAAUACUGCAUCUUCCCAUUGGGUGAUAUUAA